GUUCGAUUUGCAAAGCCUUACUGAAGCCUAGACAUCACUAAAAUGGCGCUCAAGUAUUUGUGUUUAGUGUUGUGUGUGACGUUCUUUGCGAUGGAAGUCCAUGGAAGGAACGAAUAUGUGGCGUACAAACGUGCCAUAAACUUCUACGAAGCUUUUCAGCAAUGCCGCCUGUAUGGGGGACAUUUAGCUUCGAUUGAGUCGGCCGAUGAAAAUGCGCGAGUUGUAACGGCCGUGAAGGCGGCCGGAGAUUUUAGCAAAGAUUGGCUCAUCGGCGCCACAGAUUUGGGCAACGAGGGUACCUUUAUAUGGACUGGUGUGAACAGAAAAGCUACUUACCUGAACUUCAACGGUGGAGAACCCAGCAAUAACGAUGGAUCGGAACAUUGCGUCGCAAUAGGAUCAACGGCAGGCAGCAAAUGGAAUGAUGUUCCUUGUAAUGCUAAAGUGGAAGGGUUCGUGUGUGCAUACAUCCGGCUAUAAAUUGGCAAUAUUGAAAAUAAAUUAUAAGUUCUACAUCUUCAA